AUGGAGCAUGUCAAUGUACAGAAGAUGUGUACCAGCACUGAGGAGAGUGAGACCCUUUCAGUGUCCCAAAUGGGACUCCCAGGAUCACCGGGCACAUCCUGCGCCAUUAUUUCUGUAAUGAUGACCAGAAAUGCUUUAACCGUAAUACAAGAAGACCAGCAGUUGACAAGCAACAAAGAAAAAGAAAAUAUCAGUGAAAUCCAACGGCACUUGAAACUGGACAAACUUGAAGGCAAAGCAAAACCAAAUAGGAAGCUGACAUUCCUGUACUUGGCCAAUGAUGUCAUACAGAACAGCAAAAGGAAAGGACCAGAAUUUACAAAAGACUUUGCUCCAGUAAUAGUGGAGGCUUUUAAGCAUGUUUCAAGUGAGUCUGACGAGAGUUGUAAGAAACACCUUGGCCGAGUGCUCUCUAUCUGGGAAGAAAGGUCUGUUUAUGAAAAUGAUGUAUUAGAACAACUUAGGCAAGCUUUGUAUGGAGACAGAAAGGUGAGGAAGCGCACAUAUGAACAGAUAAAAGUUGAUGAAAAUAACUGUUCACCUCGAAGUUCUCCCACUGACCCUCCACAGACCACAGAUCUCAUUAGAGCAUUACAAGAACUAGAAAAUGCUGCCUCUGGGGAUGCAGCAGUUCAUCAGAGAAUAGCUUCUUUGCCUAUAGAGGUCCAAGAUGUGUCCCUGUUAGACAGAAUAACAGAUAAGGAAUCUGGAGAGCAACUUUCCAAAAUGGUAGAUGAUGCAUGUAUGUUGCUGGCGGAUUACAAUGGCAGGUUGGCAGCUGAAAUAGAUGAUAGAAAACAGCUAACUCGAAUGUUGUCGGACUUUCUCCGAUGUCAAAAAGAAUUCCUUGCAGAGAAAGAACAUAAGCUGGAAGUGGUGGACAUGGACCUAUCUUCUAACGAUGUCACCAUCCAUUAGUACACACAUCCUGCUAAAAAUAAAUUUAAGAAUCAAA